CCGGGCCCCCGACGCCCCGCCCCUCUCCGUGCGCCAGUGGCCACCUCGCCCGGCACCACCCCGCGGGCUCCUCGCAUUGGCCGAGUCCCCGCGGCCACGCCUCCCCCCAGACUGAGGCCGCUUAUUGGACGCGGCGGCCGUGGCCAAUCGGAGCCGCUCUUGCUGCGACGCGGUGGCCGGAAGCGGAGCGAGGUAGAAGCUGGGUCGGCGCGGGUUCGGUGCCAGAGCCGUUGCGGGGCCGCGUGGAGCGCGUGCGGGGUCUCCGGUCCAGGGCGCGGCAUGGGCGUCCUGGCCGCGGCGGCGCGCUGCCUGGUCCGGGGCGCGGACCGGAUGAGCAAGUGGACGAGCAAGCGCGGCCCGCGGAGCUUCAGGGGCCGCAAGGGCCGGGGCGCCAAGUACACCGGCUUUCUCACCGCCGGCUGGAGGUUCGUGCAGAUCCAGGAGAUGGUCCCGGAGUUCGUCGUCCCGGAUCUGACCGGCUUCAAGCUCAAGCCCUACGUGAACUACCGCGCGCCUGCGGGCGAGGAGACGCCCCUGACGGCCGCGCAGCUCUUCAGCGAGGCCGUGGCGCCUGCCAUCGAAGAGGACUUCAAAGACGGUACCUUCGACCCUGACAACCUGGAAAAGUACGGCUUCGAGCCUACACAGGAGGGCAAGCUCUUCCAGCUGUACCCCAGGAACUUCCUGCGCUAGCGGGGCUUGGGGGCUGCGAGCCCUCCCGGGGAGGGGCGGCCUGCCCUCACCUCUUUUCCAUUAAAGGCCUUUGCCAGCUCUGCGGUGUUUGUGUUUUGACCUCAGGUCAUGGCAGAGUGUGCAGCAGGACAGAUUUCAGUGCAGAGACCUAGGCAGCGUUCUCGUGCACACUCUGCGCAGUGUGAAUCUCUUUGGAAGUCAUCUUCCCAGCCAGAAGGUUCUGGGAACCUGCCAAGGGCAAGAACGCAUUACUCAGCUUGCAGGAGAAGCAGUUUACAAGGCAGAUUGUAAAUGACAGCACUGGUGUCAGUUCAUCCCCCGAGUUACUCACCCAAGGAACAAAGAUCUAGAGAUGGGGUCUCACUGUGCUGCCCAUACUGGUCUUGAACUCAUGGGGUCAAGUGAUCCACCGCCUCCGCCUCCCAAAAUGCUGGGAUUACAGGUGUGAACCACUGCGCGGCCUAGGAAGAUUUGUCACUAUAUUAUAUUAGCAUGUUGUAUCAUCAGAAAUAAAG